ACGUGAGAAGAGCUUUGUUGCCUAACUGUCCCUGCACGGGAAACAUGGCCUUUUAAACUGUAAAUUAUGAACUCUACAAACAUCGUGCAUUGCAUUUGCAACGCACCCAAUCAACAAAUAAUUCCGGCAAGAAUGGAGUCUCACGCAGCUCACCCAGCUCUGUCCUUUGUGGCUCAUCCUUCCAACCCUCGCACUCCACGUACGUUUGGCCUUUUGAAUCGAAACCGGAGAAGUGAUGGCGGCAUCGGCUCCCCCCUGGAAGACCAGUUUCGUCUGCCCGGUAGACCCCCUCGCUCUCUCUCCCCCACAGGCUAAUCGCAGCCAACCACAAGGGCGGAGGGAGGAGGAGCCAGAGAAGAGACAGUGCUUAAUUGGUAAUGGUCUCACUGAAUGGAUGGCGGAAGAAGUGGAUUUCGCCUUGUAUUUCCCUGUCCCGCACUCCUCUCCCUCCCCUAAUUCGUCCCUCCCCCCAUCACCCCUCAAACAGGACAUCCAGGUGCCUUCCGACCUGGAGGUCAUGACCUCUCUGCUGCAAGAGGAGCUUGCUCAGCUUGAAGAUUACUUCUUGUCCGAUUCGCUCUCAGAAAAACCUUUAAAUUUUGGAAAAUAUGACAAAGUUUCUCCAGCUGCGGGUCCACAGUCGUACUACCAGUUACCGUAUGCGUCGUACACCAACUCCGGCCAAUCAGAAUCAAGCCCACUUCUUGUUACCCUGGCAACUGGGGAACUCGACCUGCUGAGCUUCUGCGGUGGCCCCAUUGGCAGAUCUAAAACGCCAAGACACGCCCCUUACGUCUGCAGCCGCCCGAACAGCAAUGGUCGAAAGAGAUUUUGUGAUGGGUUAAGACUUGGAGAGGCAGUUGAGAGCAGUAUAUGGAAUUCCAAAGGAAGCAAUUCAGUUAGCCCCGAGGUAGCAGUUACUGGCAACUAUUGCUCUGUAGAGAAUGAAAAGGCAGUUGGGAAGGGGUGCCGUUUCGGUAGCAUGGUUGAGAUCAGAAAAUGUGGCAUACUUGCAAAAGAGGCAAAAUCUUACUGUUACCCAGAAGUUGAUGAUAAGUUUGGCGGGGGUUACACCUUUGGAGACGAGUCACCCGACAUUCCUCACAAGAUUGAGGAGCGGUUGCCCUAUGGUGUGCAGGAUGUGCAGAAGGUUAUCAGCAGUGACAAUGGCAUGGCGAUUGAGGCAUUUUGUGACGACAGGUGCAGCAAUAUUGCACAGGCUGUUGGCUGGAAAAUGGAGAUGGAGGAGGGCAACUUCCUCCACGUUGGUGUAGGCGGGGCACACCACAGCUUCCUGGGUGGAGUAGACAAGCCAUUGAAAACAGGGGUUCUGGAAACAGGGUGCCAGCAUAGUAGCUUUUCCAAUUUUCUGGAAGACCAAAGUUCAGAGUGCCUGUCUGCGGGAGAAGAGGAGUGGCUGGAUUUGGGGUCUGCGGGGCAUGUAGCAGCCCUGGGGCAGAAGGAACACCCCUCUGGUGGCACACAUGCACAAGAGCUCGGUCUGGUAGCCCAACAAGGACCUCAGAAGCAGAAGAAGAGAGACCAGAACAAGACAGCUGCUCACAGAUAUCGUCAGCGCAAGCGGGCGGAGUUGGACUCCCUGGAGGAGCAGCUUCACGGCCUGGAGUGCCGGAACCGGGAGCUCCGGGACAAGGCCGAGUCGGUGGAGCGCGAGAUCCAGUACGUCAAAGACCUCCUCAUCGAGGUCUACAAGGCCCGCAGCCAGCGCCUAAAAGAGGACGGCUGCCCGUGAUGGCAGCUUUCCCGCAAUCAUGCCAACGGGAUGAUGGGGAAAGUCGUGCUGAAAAUAUUGGGAUUAGAAGGUAGUGGCACAGUGUAGAUAAUUUUUUCAUUUGACUUUUUUGUUGUUACAGAUUUGAGCCAGCUGGCUGCAUACUUUUUAAUCUUGGCACUGAAUGUCUUCAGUAUGCACUUGAAGUAGAAGCUUUUAUAAAUAUCUAUAUACUGCCUGCCCAGCACUGUGAAGCAAUCUUAUUUUUUAGAACAAAGGUUUUAUACAUUGCCUCUUAUUUGGGUGACAAUCAAACGAAGUCAGGUUCUCAGCUGACCAAACUUUCAGUAGCACUACUUUCCUGCUAGCUGCGUGAAUGACACCGACAAUCUGCUUUAAAUAUGCAGGGAUCGGGGGGUGUCUCAUCUCUUCUUGUACCUCCUGUAUGGCUUGGGAAUAUUUGUUGGAAUAUAUUAAUAGGCUACAUGUUCUUUAUAGACAUAUAUAGCAUGCUCUGUUUUUCAGUCUACAAACAACAGCGUAGGUUUAUAUUUUCAGAUCAGUGUAGGAGGUUAAAAAGAAUUUGUGUUUUUGUUGAAAGUGUCAUAUUCAAAGAUGCCUCUGUAAUUUUCCAUAGGUGCGGACACAACGUAGUCAGUCAUUUAGUGGUUUGGAUGUAUCGUUUGAUGUGAUGUGUGUGUAUUUUUACUUUCUUCUCUCCUGAAUGCCACCAGCAACUGUCCACAGAUAUGUAGGGCACUGACCCAUGAAGUUUAUGUUUUAGUAAUCAAUUCAUAUCUUCUUCACAGGUGGUGUCGUUAGCAUUGUAUAUAUACAUGUAUAUAACUUUUUCCUUCUAAUUUUAUCCUGGAUGUGAUUGUGAUUGUGGAUUGUGGUUCUAUUAUUCAAUAGCUGUACAUGCUGAACCAGAUAGAUUGUCCUGCAGGUAAUGUGUUCCAAUUAGUACCGCUUUUUCAUAGUAUUUUAGGAUGGAAAUGCUACCGUUUACAGGUGUUGUGAGGCCACUGUUUUAUAUGAUCGAAUGUGUCAUAGUUUGUGAUGUCCAAAUGUGUUCCCUCAGUUUCUUAGUUAUUUCCCAUUUUAUUAACACUAUGACAUGUCAUUGAUCGUAUUGGACAGGCAUUGCAUUCGUGAUUUUUUAUUUUUUUUAUUUACCUCACAUAAAUGCAAAUUAAUUUGGGUGACACGUCAUGUGGCCCUUCAUCUUAUGCCAUAAUUAAUAACGAAAGACUCCACAACUACGAAUAUCCACAAGACAAAGUCUUUUCAAAAACGUGAAAAAAUAAAAAAUUGCAGUCAUGAGCAUUACUAAGCUUUACGCUUCAAUAUAUAUAUUUUACAUUAUUUCUAUAACUUGGAAUGCUGCAUGAGUAUUAGGACUAAUAGCGAUUAGUAUUACUAAAUAGUGAUUAGAAAUAAUAGCUUAGCCAGUGAACUAUUUCAGAUGUUAAGGUAUUGUGCUUUGAAAUAUCGUGGCAAUGCACAAUCGUCAGUUUAAAACAGUUUAAUUCUAAUAUGUUAAACGUUCUAUUUAUUUAUUUAUUUAUUUAUUUAUUUAUUUUUAGCGUUCUGCUACCGAUUUUGGUGCAUGGUAAAGCGUUUGAGCUUUCAGCUUUUUUUUGUUUUAAUGGCUAGUCUAUUACGUGAAAUUCCAUUACGGUUUCACUCAUUCUUGUAUCGAACAUUCCAACGCAACUUUUCCCAGAUGUGUGGUUUUUGUAUCCAAAUAAAGUGACUUUGUCAAAUA